UCGUACGCACUUCGCUAAUCUAUACUACAGGAAGAUUUAUCGAAUUUCAACUGCGUUCAUCCCUAAGUAGACAGUUCAUUGCUAAUAUUUCACUGUAUUAUUGUAAAUUUGAACGCACGGACGGAUCCUACGGUUGAGAAUUAGUAUGGCCUUUAUGACAAUAUCUUUGACACUGUAGAGUUGGCUGGCGCUUGAUUCCCUUAUUGGCGUCUCUGGUUACUUGCGAGUGGGUUUCGGAACCGUAUAACUUAUCGGAAACAACUGCUUGUUUGCAGAUGUUUUUUCGAGAGUUACCGCAGGAAUUAAAUCCCGGCCGAAUUCCGCUGACUCCGCUGGACCGAGCUGCCAGGUUCGUCACGCCCUGUGAUGCAUGUGGGGAAUUUACUCCCCGAAGAAUCGUUGUAUUAUGCGGCCACAUCUAUUGCUUAAGUUGUUGUCGAACUCAGGAAAGCCCAGAAGGCCUGCAACUUUUCUGUGCUGUCUGUAAGCAACACACUAUUGGAGAACGCAACGAAAUAGGCGAGUCCUUCCUUAAGAGUAUGAAGUUCGCUUGCAGCUGUGGCCAGGAAGGUAGCCUUACCGAGAUCAAGGCGCAUCUCGCUAAAGGCGACGUUGAACAUUCGCUAUACGACGAAAUGGAGCAAACUCCAUUGGUUUCUGACGUACUCUAUAACAAUAUACGUCCCCUGCAGCAAAUGAGAUCGUCCAAUCCACCAACAGUGUUAAACAGACGCAAAGCAUAUUUUUGCUUCGAACUGCAGAAGAGGAUAGACGAGUUCAUGCAGACAAAGAUCACCCAGGAGACAUCAAGCGUCGCGUGGACCAGCGCCGAGUACCCAAUAGAGGUAUUUUGUAAAAUUGCCGCUUUUAGCGGCGAGUGCUUUUUGGGAGUUUACAUACGGAUGCUUGGCGAUCACCCCUCGUUUAGUUCUUGGCCAAUAAAGAGGAAUAUCAGCUUUGAAUUGUAUAACACGAAUGGGGAGUCCGUUCAUAAAAAGGAAGCGGCUACAUUUGCUGAAGGCAAAACAACUUGGAAAGGUUUUAUCUUUGCUUGCCGGCCGAAUAACAACAAAGGGUGGGGCUUCAAGAAGUUCUGCAGCCUGGAGAAACUCAUCUCCCCUGAAGAAAAUCUACUGUGCAAUGGAGCUAUGUGCGUAUCGGUUGAGUUUCAGGAUUUAGACUACGUUUGAAGCUGGCUGGUAGAAAGAAUACUAAUGAAUCUGAAAGUGUAAGCCCGACUGCACCCCACGUUUUCUCGUCAAGAAGCAUUUGAAUAUUUUUAUGUUGGGUAAUAAACAUUCGCUUGAGCACUGACACGCAGGUACGUGCGAUCAA